CUCCGUAACCAAGGUGACGCUCGCUUGGUUACGGAGGAUGCUAGGAGAACAGCUAACUGACCGAGCUAACACAGUUCCUACUCUGUCUUAACGAUGUGAAUGCAGUAGUUACUAGUUAACAUAGUUAAUGUUUAAUUAUGUAAUAAUGUUGAUUAUUUAACUUGUAUUUAGCCUGAGUUAAUCUCUUUAUCAGUAACAUGUUUACUGAUGAAGCUCUGGACUCAGUGAGUGUUCAGUCUCUGUGGAGGAUCUCUCAGCAGGCGGCUCAGGAGUCGAAAGGCUGUCAGACCAGAGCGGUGCACAGUACUGAGGCCGAGGCUCAGACUGUGUCGACUAACACCAGCUGCACUCAGACGGAACCACAGUAUCAAGCGAAAGAGCAGCUCUUCCAGCAGAACCACGAUGAACCGGAGCCGCCUGGCCUGAAGGACUUCCUACAGCGGGUUGAGGACACGGUCAUCAGAGAGCUGGUCAGAAAUGCCAGGAGUCACGCCUUCGAUGAGUUCCAGGUGAACUGGGAAGAUUACAGUCAGCUGGUGUCAUGCCUUCAUUGCCUUCAACAUCCCAGCGCACAAGAGAGAGGUCUUCAUGUAACCAGUGUGUCCUGGAGUUGUACAGGUUCAGUUAUUGCCUGUGCCUACGGUCGGAUUGACGAUGGAGACUGGAGCACUGAGAGGUCGUGUGUUUGUACAUGGAACCUGGACCGCCGAGGCCUGAAUCCCAAUCAGGCUGAUCUGGUCAUAGAUGUUCCCACUGCAGUCACCGCUCUGUGCUGUCAUCCCAGCCAGCCUGCACUCAUUGCAGGGGGUCUGUACAGUGGAGAGGUGGUGGUCUGGGACACCAGUCAGACUCAGGACCCGGUGCUGGUCCAAACUGGGAUGUCAGCAGACAGCCACAGAGAGCCUGUUUAUCAGGUUGUCUGGGUGCCCCUGCAGAAGAAAGGAGAGUUUGGGGUGCUCAGUGCUAGUUCAGGAGGAAGGGUGCUGCUGUGGACAGUGGACUCCGACCAGGGCAGCUUUGUCCUGGAUGCCGCCUACGCCUUAAUUCGACAGCAGGUUCCCCACAGCAGCAACACCAGCUUCAAGGCCCGAGGCAGCAGCACUGUGGGCGUCACCUCCCUGGCUCUGUCUCCCUGGGACUCGGACACCUUCUUGGUGGGCUCUGAGGGCGGCCUGCUGCUCCGCUGCUCCUUCUCCUCCCAGACGCCAGCUGCUGCUGCGCCCUCUGAAGGCCAGAGUGUGACGCUGAGAGCUCCAGCGGUCUUCACGUUCAGGCCCCGAAGCGGCCCCGUCCACUCCAUAGACUGCUCACCUUUCCACAGGAACCUGUUUGUGAGUGCAGGGACUGAUGGUCUGGCCCACGUCCACUCUCUGCUGCAGACAGACCCGCUGCUCUCUCUCAGGGUUUCAGACUCCUACGUGUUUCAGGUGCAGUGGUCUCCAACCAGACCGCUGGUUUUUGCAGCAGCCAGCGGACAAGGUGAGGUGCAGAUAUUCGACCUGGGCCGCAGGUCACUGAGGCCGGCAGCCGUCAUCGAGCAGGGAGGCGCGGACCGAGCUGCGACUUGUUUGGCCUUCAACCGUCAGAACCCUCACCUGUUGGCGGUGGGGAAAACAGACGGGACGGUCUGCGUUUGGCAGCUGAGUCACGAUCUGACGGAGCAGAGCCCCAGAGAGAGCGCUCAGCUGGAGCAAAUAGCCAAUCAGGUGGCAGAAUGAGAUGUUAACCUGGGAUGGUUGACGACUGCUGCAUAGGACGGAUUUAUGCGAACUGUGUUUUGAAAAAUAAAAAUCUGUAAGACUGAA